CAGCAGUAUUCCUGAUCAGCGACGCCAGCUCGUUCAUGACAGGGUCUGAUCUGAGGAUAGAUGGCGGUCACUCUGCGUGGUAAUUACGCGAGAGCAUUGUAAGAACACGACAUAUAACUUAUUCAACGGUGCAAAGGUGUUGUCUAGAGGAGGUGUGAUUGCGCCAAUGAGGGUCAGAGGAAGUCCGGCUUGGCGGGUCUCACCAAGAAGCAGCAACCCGCAGCUCAGCGUUUGAACAUCUGCACGCGCAUACCAAAGCCGGACAUGCCAAACAAGUAGUCGCGGUGCUGAAGCACGUGCGCUCAUAUCUCAGCACCGCUUGCUGCUCAGCCAUCUGUUGUUGUGUUGACACAAAACUGAUCCUGAUUGAAGCGUGACGUGCCUGCAAGCUCCACUGCCUCCAAUGUCGAGCUCGACACCAACCGCCGUCACCCGCUAUCGCCCUGCCAUACUCGUGCUCACCGGGGCGGCAGCCGCAUAUGCUGUCUAUCUUGUGUAUGGCAGCCUCCAGGUUGCGCCCAGCGAGAGUCUUCACCGCAGCAAUGCCAUUCGGCGAGGCAAUCCACAACGGCGAUUGUCACGAACAACGCGUAUAAUCUCACGUCUUGAGAGCGAGGUAGACAACUUGGGUGACCACACCGUCCUUGGGCUCGUGGUACCACUCGAUCCGCAAAACCUCAUCAGCCCAGAUGAGCUCCGCGAACUGCUUGUGCCCAUGGUCCCGGACGCCAGUGCAGACACCAUCGAGGUCGAGACGGCACGGCUGUACGACAUAUUCCUCGAUCGACUGCUAGACUCAGCCUUUUCGAAUCGGCCACUCGCCCCUGUCGAAAUCGAAGCUGUCACGAGAUGGGUCGGCGCCCGGCUGCCGACCAUAGCCACCAUCGCUCGUGCUGUAGAGAGAAGGACACAACGGCUAAAUGACGCCAGAUUUGAAGAUGGAGACGGAUCUGAGAGCGUUGCGGGCACGGAUAUAUCGUUCAUGAGUGACGACGACACAGACGGUGAGGGCAUCGAUCCUGAAGGGCAGACACUCCAACGUACGCUGUAUCACAUUGCAGAAGAGCGUGCAAGGCAAGAAGGAGUCAUACACCGAGGCAUCACAUGCAAUGGCUGCGACGAGAAGCCCAUACGCGGCAUCAGAUGGCAUUGUGCCAACUGCGUCGACUUUGACUUAUGCUCCUCGUGCGAAGCCACCAACUCUCACACCAGAACCCAUGUCUUCUACAAGAUACGGGUGCCAGCUCCAUACUUGUCCCUACACAAACAAGAACCGCUGUAUCCCGGCAAGCCACACAUGAUGCAUCACUCGGUCAACUCAGCGCUGAAGAGGCGUUUAGCCUCAGAGACCAAGAUGGAGGUCGAGGAGAUUGAGGCGCUGUGGGACCAAUUUACCUGCCUUGCGAGCACCGAAUGGAGAGAUGACCCCAGCAAGGUUGGCUGGGCUCUUGAUCGAAGAGCCUUCAACCAUGCUUUUGUGCCUCGAUAUAACGGCUUUAUUUCUGCGCCAAAUCUCAUCUACGACCGCAUCUUCCAGUACUAUGACAGCGACAAGAACGGCCUCAUUGGAUUUGUAGAAUGGAUCAAAGGCAUUGACGGCAUGCAUUCCACUGACAUGAAAGUCAAGGCCAGGAUCAUCUUUAACGGUUAUGAUAUCGAUGGUGACGGCUACAUCUCGCGUCGAGACGUGCUGCGAGUAUUCCGAGCUUACUACGCGAUCGAGAAGGAGGCGACCCGUAAUUUUGUUGCUGAGUUGACAGAAGAGCUGUCCGUGCAUAACAGUAUGGAUACCGUACGAUCGAGCCAACCUCUAGGCUCGGCUUUCCCUCCCAAUAGCCUUUCAACCACGAAUCAAUUGCACGAUAGCAUCGCGCAAAAACAGAACGGAACAUUCGACGAGGCGUCCCCUAUCAUCCUUGAUUCAAAUUUCGAGUCUGCGAGCCGCGAGGAGGUCAUCAGGGCCAACGAAACUAGUCAGAUACUUAUGAGCUCACCUCAAAAGGAGGCCGGGAAGCGCGUGGUGCGGGAAGCUUGGGCAAGGCGCGAGUUCACCCUGGACGAAGAGGAGGGUAUGACAAGGCCUAUCGAUGCAGACGUCACAGACAACGAAGAGGAGACGAAAGCCCGUCACACAGAUCCUGUCGCUACUGAACCUGAGACGGAACGCACUGUGUCCCGCCGAUCGUCAAGAGUGCAUUUCCAGGACGAGGUCAACCAUAAAGAUUGGCCUAGCAACUCAGCCUCAAAGAAGCCGGUCAAUGAGCAAUGGGGCGGGUAUGAAAUCCCGGAACUUCAACAAGACCUCGGGAAGGAAGUCCUGUAUCAAAUCACGCAGCAAGCUUUCAACGAGCUGCUCGACCCGCUCUUCCGCGUUCGAGAAGAUAUGGCAUUGGAUGCUCGUAGUCUGCGUAACGAGCGACGCAAACACGCCGAUGUUAUUGACGCACUGCUGGAAGAAGAGAAAGGCUGGGGAACGUGCAAUGCACUCAUCUUCCGUACUGGUAUCUUCCGAUUUGCCAAGACUAUCGUCGAUGUGUUUGUUCAUCAUUUAAACAAAAGUGCUUUACAAGCUUUGAAGAGAUACUCGUACAGGGAUGAUCCGGAGCUAUAUGCUGCCAUGAUCCGUAAGGCUAUCACAGCCGCUGAGGCCCUGGUCCUGAGAGAUCUAAAGGCCCGCUGCGAUGGCAUGCCUUCUAAUGGCAUUGCUGAUUCAAAUGCCGAGCUUAUGAGAGCGCAGCUUUAUCAAGAGCUUACAACGGCAGCAGUCUGGUUACUCAAUCCGUCAGAUUAUAUUACACCAGAGAAGGCUACGCCCGCAGAACAGGAAACGACGUUGAAGGAGACAGGUCGCGAUCCUACCAUGCCACAGUUCCGUCCCAACUCCAUGGUCGACUCGGAAGCUAACGGACAUGAAGAACUUGCAGGGAGUUCCCAACAUUCUACGACCGCAUCAGAGCUCGGUCAGAGCUCGGUAGGCUUCAUGGAUGAUGCUGGACGACUCCACGUCGGCGAGGACGGUCCCUUCUUCGUCUACGUCAGCCACCCUGAAUCAGGCGCAAGUGACGAUGAUGAUCUAUCGCCAGCGUCCGACCAAGGUGCCCCAUCUUCGCUUUCUCGCCCUAUCGAUCCCCUCGAAACCCUCUCUUCAGAGAUUGCAGUCCCCCAAGUCUACACCAACACCCCCUGGCUCCAGAUCCUCGCCCUUGUCACCUCUCCUCAGGGCAGACAGACCGUGCACGCCGGCCGCCGACACAUCGUGCACACGACAAAUCCGUACGCCAUCAACCCCGAACCAGACCAAACAGCUGCUCUGAUCGCAAAUCUGCGCCGCAGCGCGAAGAAUCCUGAGUCUCACUUGUACACCCGCUUGCUGGCGAGCUGUGAAGCGGUAGAGCAGGAAAGUCGCAGACGGAAGAACGAUGGGCUGCUGAGCUUUGAGGAGUUUGAGGAAGUGUUUAAGCAUGGCAGAUUGAGGUUUUUGGAGAGCUGGAUGGAUUGGGUGAGUCUGUAAUAGGUCACGAAUGUGCAGCUACGAAUUGAGAGGGGGGGGGGUAAAGAUCCAUGCUGCCAGAUCUUACUAACGAG